AUGUAUAUUAAACAGAUUCGAAUCCAAGGAUUCAAGUCGUACAAAAACCUGGUCGAGAUCGACCCGUUCUCGCCACGGUUCAACGUGGUGGUUGGCCGAAACGGUUCCGGUAAGUCCAACUUCUUUGCCGCGGUCCGGUUCGUUCUCUCCGACGCCUACAACCACCUCAACAAGGAGGAGCGGGCUGCUCUCAUCCACGAGGGCUCCGGCAUGUCUGGCACGACAAUGAGUGCGUUCGUGGAGAUCAUCUUCGAUAACAGUGAUCGUCGACUGCCCACCGGAGGAGAAACCGUCACCAUUCGACGGACGAUUGGCUCCAAGAAGGACGAGUACUCGCUCGACAAGAAGUCCAGCACACGGUCUGAGAUUAUGAACCUGCUGGAGUCUGCGGGCUUCUCGCGGGCCAAUCCCUACUACAUUGUGCCUCAGGGACGAAUCACAGCGCUCACCAACGCGAAAAACGAGACGCGAUUGGCGCUGCUCAAGGAGGUGGCUGGUACUAAGGUCUACGAGCAGCGGCGAUCCGAGUCGGAGAAGCUCAUGAUUGAGAACGAAAACAAGAUUCUCAAGAUCAACAGCGCACUGGACGACAUCAACACGCGGCUGUCCGACCUGGAGGAGGAGAAGCAGGAGCUAAACGAAUUUCUGCAGCUGGACAAGCGGCGGAAGUGCCUGGACUUUGCGCUGCAGGACCGCGAGCUCAAGGCAGUGGAGACUGCGCUGGUGGAGCUGCAGGACAUGGACGACGGCGGCGCUUCCGACCGAGCUGCUCGACUUGCUAAGAUCGAGGAGCAGGACUUGGUCAUUUCCGAAGUAGAGGCUGAGAUUGAGACUUCCAGCCGGGCACGUGAGCACGCAGAUCUGGCUGCAUCCCAUGCACGUGACGACGUUGCUCAGCUCCGUCGACUCAAGGCGUCCCUCGAGGUGGAGCUCGCUGAAACCAACCGAAUCCAUGGUACGCUACAGCACGAGGAGCUGUCACGUGAGCAGCAGUUGCAGCGGGUGCAAGGCGAGAUUGAAUCCAAGGAGAGCUCGCUGAGGGCGACCGUGAGCGAGCGGGAUGCUCUCAAAAGUCAGCUUGAGGCUGCCAAUCGAGCUCUGCGAGAAGCCUCGGCAACCAAGGACUCACUGCUCUCCCGAGAAGGCCGAUCUGCACAGUUCACAUCCAAGGCUGCUCGGGACAAGUGGCUGCAACGACAGAUUGCAGAGAUCUCCGAGUUUUUGGAGAGUCGAAAGCAGGCCCUGGCAAAGGGCAAGCGAAGUGUGGAAGAGUGCGAGCGUGAAAUCACUGCCAAGGAUGCUGCGAUUGUGGAGCAGCGACAAGCGUUUGCUGACUGCGAAUCGCGGUACUCUGAGCUCAAGCGAAGCCACGCGGCCUCCCAACAGGCCCGAGAGGGCAUUGCUGAUGAGAAGAAGGCUUUGUGGCGCCAGGAGUCGUAUCUUCUCAAGGAUAGCGACCAGCUGGAGCAGCAGGUCGAGAAGGCGCAGCGAGCAUUUGCUUCUACCAUGGACAGAAACACCUCCCUUGGUUUGGCUAACCUGAAACGAGUGGCCCAGAAGCUGGGACUGGAGGACCAGGUCUAUGGUCCCUUGUGCGAGUUGAUCAAGCUGGAUGACAAGUACAAGCGAGCUGUUGAGGUGACUGCUGGCAAUUCGCUUUUCCAUGUGGUUGUCGAGGAUGACGAUGUUGCUUCCAAGGUGAUUGAGCAGCUUUUGCGUGAAAAGUGCGGUCGUCUGACGUUCAUGCCUCUCAACCGGCUCAACCCCGAGCGAAGAAAGUACCCCGAGGCCGAAAACGUAUUCCCACUGGUCGACAAGAUUUCUUGUAACCCAGAGUACGAGCCUGCGGUGCAGCAAGUUUUUGGCAAGACCAUUGUGUGCAUCAAUCUGCAGGUGGGUGCUGCUGUUCAGCGAAACCACAACCUCAACGCCAUCACUUUGGGUGGAGAUCGAGUGGAUGCCAAGGGUGUGCUUACUGGUGGUUUCCACGACCCCAAGAAAAGCCGAUUGGACGCUGCUCGAGACGUGCAGGAGGCCCAGGAGGAGCUGAGUCAGAUCCGUGUGCAGAUCAACGCCAUCAAGAACAGCGUUGAUGAGGUGGAGCACCGGCUGUCUGAAUGCCACACGGAGCAGAACAAACUGCUGAUGGAAAUGCAGCAGAUUGAAGAGACCCGGCAGCGGGCCUCUGAGUCCAUCAAGGCCGAGACCGCGGCCAUCACAACCCUCAAGGGUCUUAUUGAGAAGAAGCGGGACAACUCCGAGACGCUGCUUCGAGACAUCUCGUCGAUGGAGUCGCAGCUGGAGUCGUAUAACUCGGAGUUGGUGUCCGAGUUCAGCUCGCAGUUGUCUUCUGCUCAGCAGCAAGAGCUCGAGCGGGUCUGCGAGACUCUUCCUGGCCUGUCUGCCUCGGUCGCCGAGCUUCAACAGAAGGUGUCUGCUCUGGAAAUGACCCGUCUGAGUCUCGAGAACGAGCUACAGCAGAACUUGUACCUGUCUCGAGACGACAUGGAGCUGCAACACAACGGCGACUUUGAUGCUGCCGAGCUGGCCGAGAAGGCUGCCACGCUUACCCGCAAGCUUGCUCAGAUGGAGGAGCAGUUGUCGGAGGCUUCCAGCAAGCAAUUGUCGGCUGAGAAAGCACUGGAGACCGCGGAGCAGCAGGUGGCAAACGACGAGGCUCACCUCGCCGAGCUCAAGGAUGAGCAGGCCCAGAGUCUGCGAAAGCUGUCCAAGUUUGCAAAGGCUGCCGAGCGAGUUGCAGCCAAGCGACAGGCCCUUGAACAGCGACGAGAGCAUGUGCAGGCCAAGAUUCGAGAGAUUGGUAUUCUGCCCGACGAUGCUUUCCUCGAUGUGUCUGCCCAGAGCGACGGCGACAUGAUGCAGGAGUUCAGAGAGGUGUCUGACGAGCUCAAGAAGUUUGGCCACGUCAAUCGGAAAGCUCUGGAGCAAUUUGCGACGUUUAGCAAGGACCGAGAUCGACUUCUUUCACGUCGACAGAACCUCAUGGAGUCUGCAGAGUCCAUUGAGGAGCUAAUUUCCACUCUUAACGACCAGAAGGACCGAGCAAUCAAGCGAACGUUCCAGCAAGUGUCCAAGGAAUUCUCCGAGGUGUUCCAACAGCUUGUGCCUCGAGGAAAGGGUCAGCUGGUGAUCGAGCGACGGGCUCUGGACGACCAGAACCCUGACUCGUACACUGGAGUGGCGAUCAACGUGUCGUUCAACUCGACGGAGAACGAGCAGCAGCGAGUGGAGCAGCUGUCGGGAGGUCAAAAGUCGCUGUGUGCGUUGGCGCUCAUUUUCGCCAUCCAGCGGUCCGAUCCUGCCCCCUUUUACCUGUUUGACGAGAUUGACGCUAAUCUUGACGAUCAGUAUCGAACUGCUGUGGCGCAGGUGAUUUCCCAGAUUGCCAACGCUCCUCAGCCUACACAGUUCAUUUGCACCACGUUCCGAAAUGAGAUGAUUCACGUGGCUGACAAGUUUUACGGAGUCUUAUUCAACAACAAGAUUUCUACGGUGAAGAGUAUUACUCGGGAGGAUGCGCUGACGUUUGUUGAUGGACAGAAGGCCUAG